AUGUCAGUGUCUAAGGCGAAACUGUACGAUGAGAAUUCCGUCUUUCAAUUCCGGCAAGGUGUGAUCCUCAUGACCGAGCACCUGAGGCCCAAAGAGGGGAAUCGAAUUCUUGAUCUUGGCUGCGGUACUGGUCGUCUGGCAGCACAGCUUGCGCUUAAGGUCGGAGCACAAGGGCAGGUGGUGGCAGUUGACCCAAAUGUUGGGCGAAUCCAGGUUGCAAGUAGCAACGUACAACCUCAUCACAAGAACAUAAAAUGUUUCGUUGGUACUGUCUUCGACGCUGUGAAGCUGGGCCCAUACGAUGGCAUCUUCUGCAACUUUGUUCUGCAUUGGGUGCCUGAUGAGAGCAUUGCUGAAACAAUGCACUGUGUACUGGAUUGUCUUAAGCCAGGUAAAACAAUGUGCGCUCACAUCGGCGUACAUCCCGGACCAUUGGUUGCUGAUCUUGAGCGCUUACUGACAGGCAAGGCCUCACCCGGAACUCCAGGCCGUAACCCUGGACAAUCAAGCCAGUACUGGAAACGCCUGUGCGAGUCUGUAGGGUUCGACGUUACUGUGGCACAUCAGGAGGAAUAUGUACAACUGCAGGAUGGGCUGGACAGCUGCAUAGCAAUGGUCAGAGCAUAUGCACAAGUAUCGGAAGAAGAACGUAUCAUCACCGACGAGGAGAUCAGGCAGGUGAUGAAGGUGAACAACAUCACGGCUAGGACAGACAAGAUUGGUGUUAACAUGGUUUACGUUAGAUUGAUUGUAAAGAAACCGCCAUGA